CAAUCGGUCGUCCCUCGUGUGUUGUGGCCAGCAGCAGCAGCAGAGCCAGCAGCCAUUCACUUUCGAGUUUUUCGGAUUACGGAAUUUUGAAGCCCUCGGUUCGACUAGUUUAAGCUCGUUCAAAUCGUCGGUGUGGUCGCGGUCGAGCUGCUACUACUUUUGGCUACUAAUCGCCCUGCGUGUGUGCGUCGGAAAAUAGGUGCCUGCCAAGUGUUUUCCAUUACGUGAUAACCAGCGGGGGGAGGAAAGAAGAAAAAAAAACACCUCGAAACUUCCCGGAACAUUCCCUGCACGCUGAAGAAGGAGGCGGUGGCGGCUGCGGAGCAGGGUUCAGCAGGGAUCUACAGCAGAAGGAAUCCCGGUUCUGUGGGACGUCAGCAAGGCACGAUUUGAAAGGGGGAAGUCCCUGAGUCGAGCAAUCUAAAUUGCAGCGAAUCCUUCGGGAGAUCCCCGCUAAGUAGUUGGAUUAACAUUUUUCAUUCGAUUCGUUUCACCUGGAGAUGCUAAAACCCUAGGAGGACAGAGGAAGCAACUGGUUCAAAUUCCCACCCGUGACAGUUUUUCCGCUUGCCGCCGGAGGAGGACGGGUUGCAUGUGUCAUGAACCCGGACGAGUAUGAGCAGCUGCCGACGACGAGCGUAACGACCAACAUGACGGCCGGGGCGAUUGCCGGCGUCAUGGAGCACUGCGUCAUGUACCCGUUGGACUCGGUCAAGACGCGGAUGCAAUCGCUGACGCACAUGCACGCGCACGACACAAUCGUCUCGACGAUGCGCGACAUGGUCCGGACGGAGGGGCUGGGUCGGCCGUUCCGAGGUGUGAUGGCCGUGGUUGCCGGGGCGGGCCCCGCACACGCCCUCUACUUUGGCGCGUACGAGUACUCGAAGGAGGCGAUCGCGCGCGUCUCCGACCGGAACCAGAUAAACUACAUGGUGUCGGCGGCGUUGGCCACGCUCGUCCACGAUGCCAUCUCCAAUCCGGCCGACGUCGUCAAGCAGAGGCUUCAGAUGUACAACUCACCGUACAGAUCGGUGCUGCACUGCGCCCGGGUCGUGUACCAGACCGAGGGCCUGCGAGCGUUCUACCGAUCCUACUCGACGCAACUCGUGAUGAACAUCCCGUACUCGGCGAUCCAGUUUCCCACGUACGAGUUCUUCCAGAAGUUGCUCAACAAAGACAAUAAGUAUAACCCGCCGGUGCACAUGGUCGCGGGCGGGGCCGCCGGAGCAGCUGCCUCCGCGCUGACCACUCCACUGGACGUGUGUAAAACGCUGCUAAACACACAGGAGGACGGUGCCGGCAAGACGCGCGGUCUGCUGGAAGCCGCCAAGAAAAUCUACCGCACAGCCGGUCCGCUCGGCUUCUUCAAGGGUCUCCAAGCGCGCGUCCUCUACCAGAUGCCAGCGACCGCCAUCUGUUGGUCCACGUACGAGUUCUUCAAGUACAUCCUGACGGGCCCGGCCACGCGAGUCUCCCGAGGCGGUUCCGCGGACAUUGUCGCCUCCGCAGACCUCGUCAAGGAGGAAAAGAAGCUGUCCGAUCUGCGGUACGUCCUGCCGGUCAGCGCCGCCUCCGCCGAAGCAUCCGCCAGCAGUCUCAUCGUACGAACCGGACCCUCCUCGUCGGCCGGAGGUUCUUCCACCUCCGGCGAGCGAGACUGUGGCCGCCGGGAACUGCCGGCCAUGUCCGGAGCGGGAAUCUACGGCGCCAUGAGCUUCAACACGAUGCACUCGAACACUGACCACACUCAGCACCAGCUGCGGCGACCCACCAACUAGAAGACACAUUGUGUAAUCGGCCCCCAAAAUCCCAGUUCAAUCGCCGUCGUCCCCCCGGGCGGGGACGAACCCUAGAAUCGAGUUAAUCAAAAACAAAAAUUCCCUCCCUUCAUCGAGAUCGAUGCGCGCGAGCGCGCGCGGUUUUCUUGAAGCAGGACGAAAUCGAAACCCGUUUUUCCGUGAUUUUCUCAUAUUAAAAAUUUUAUUUAUGCUUUUGCUCGACAUUUUACGUUUCUUUUCCUUAUAAGUUACCCGAGCCCCAAAUAUGAUCCUUGUCGGUGGCGGCAGUCGUCCUCUGGUUCAAAAUCCCUUGUAUAAUUGUUAUUCGUUGUGUAAAUAGAAGCGAUCGCGAUCUCUUUGGUCGUCCAAGCGCUGCCACCGCAAACCUAACAAGCAACUUCACACAAAAACAGUCAAUUAGAGAAGUGUAUGAUGAAAAGUCGCGCGCUCCCCCGUUGCUGCUCAAUUUUUUUUAAAUCGAACAAGCCGAGACAGUCUGGCUUGGUUUUUCCGUGGCUUGGGCAGUGUCUUCGAAGCUGGACGUUUUUUCGGUUCAAGUUUUCACCGAUUUUUUUGCGAGAAGAAGAAGAAUUGAACGUCGAGGCGACGACACCUCUCCGCCCCCCUCCACUCCUGGAUCGGUACUAAGUAUCGUCUGAUGGUGAGAUGCCAUAGAAUGCUUGAUACCAAAGGAAUCAAGUUUGAAGAAGUUAGUAGCGAAAUUUGACGAAAGAGGAGAAAAAACACACACAAAGUAGUAGCGAGUACAUAUUUAAAACAAACAAACUAAAAAGAAAAACAACGCGCGCGCCGGAAAAUAAAGACCGAAUAAAACUCUGAUAUUAGGAAAACAAGAAAACGCGCGCGAGAUCAUAUAAGAAAGCUUGCGUUCACCGGUGUAAAGAAGAAAAUAAAAAAAGCAACGUGUAUUUAGAAGGUGCGACACACGCAGGAAAGCGUAUAAAAGAGAAGAGAAUAACACACAAAACAAAACAAAAAAGUGUACAGUUGUACAAUGUGAAGAGCAACGUUUCAAAUUAAGCAGAAAACAAUAAAUACCUGUAUAUGAGUCAAGUUGAAGUUUCAAGUAAA